AUGCCGACUAUUGAGAUAUUUUGGGCAGGAAGUUCAAUGACGCCGGGAUCGGACGUCUUCGCAAUUCAGAGCACAGAAGGAGAAGACGAUGAUUCAGACAAGGAUUCAGACAAGGAUUCAGAUGAUUCAGACAAGGAUUCAGACAAGGAUUCAGAUGAUUCAGACAAGGAUUCAGAUGAUUCAGACAAGGAUUCAGAUGAUUCAGACAAGGAUUCAGAUGAUUUGGACGAGGAUUCAGACGAAGCAGAGCUGGGACGUCGAGAAGAACUAUUUCUGAAAAUCGAGGGGAAAUACCGGACUAAAAAUAAGAUAGCGCCAAAGGCUAAACUAACGGCUACACAAUAUGACACUGUAGAGGCCAAAUACCGGACUAAAAAUAAGAUAGCGCCAAAGGCUAAACUAACGGCUACACAAUAUGACACUGUAGAGGCCAAAUACCGGACUAAAAAUAAGAGGCCAAAUAUCAACACAAUUUAA